AGCAAUCAAGCGAAGGUACCAGCCGUCCAGCCUCCUCUUCGUGCACGAACCCAUCAACCCCCAUCGCCUCCUCGGCUGCUCCUCUCCCCCUGCCUGCCAUGGCGGCCGUGGCGCCUCCCCCCGACAUCCCCGACCCACCGCCAUCCACUCCCCCCACCGCGAACACCACGCCUCCGGCCACCGCCACCUCCACCCCGCCGAACCCCACAACACCAAACACCCCGAACCCCAACCCCACGAUGCCAAGCCCUAACCCUAAUCCCGUCGCCACACCUCCGGUCGUCUUGCCGCCGCCGCCCCCUGCGCCGGUUCCCUUUGCCCCUUCCUUCCGCCCGCUCGGCGCACCGCCGCCGCCGCAGGUGCAGCCGUACGGCGCCAUACGGAACCCGGGCUACCCGAUGGGACAGCCGAUGCAGCCGCCAGGCGUCCACCACAUCAUGCGCCCGCCCACCAUGUACGCGCCCCAGCAGGUCCCCUACAUGACGCAGCCUGGCGCCGCCGUCCCUCCCGGCAUGCAUCGUUAUCCUGGACCAUACACUAUGAUGCGCCCAGGCUUUCCUCCACGCCCGAUGCCUCCGGUUGGUGUUGUGCCAAUUCAACGACCAGCAAUACCUCUGGGAAUCCGUGGUGCUCCUCCUAUGGUAGCCCCUCCUGUCAGACCCCCUGCUCCAGCUGUUACAUUGGCUGACAAACCACCGACUGCAGUUUAUGUCGGCAAGAUUGCCCCAACAGUGGACAAUGAUUUCCUUCGUUCACUUCUUCUGCUUUGUGGACCUGUCAAGAGUUGGAAGCGCACUCAAAAUCCAAGUAAUGGAAAACCUGUAGGGUUUGGCUUUUGUGAAUUCGAAUCUGCUGAAGGCAUCCUUCGUGCAACGAGGUUGCUCAACAAAUUGAACAUUGAUGGGCAAGAACUGGUGGUUAAUAUUAAUGAUGCCACCAAAGAGUACCUGAAGAGACAUGUCGAACAGAAGAAGAAAAUGCUGGAGAACACCAAACAAAAGGAAGAAGGAGGUGGUGAUGGAACUUCUUCUGUCGCUGAUAAUGAAUCAUCAAAGCUUAUUCCUGAUAAGACAGAGGAAACAGAAGAUGCUGGAGACAAGGACAAUGAAGAAAGCACUAAGAAAUUUGGGAUAGUUACAGAUGACGAUUCUGAGGCUGAUAAGGAAGCUGCAGAAAAAAUAAAUAGUAUGAUUGAAGAGUGGUUAAAGACUCGACCACCGCCGCCACCGCCGCCACCACCACCGGUUCUACCGCCUGCUGACAUCUCAUUCAAACAUAAGGACGGAGAGUCUGGUGUUGACAUGACAAAAACUGAUUCUGAAGAUAAGAACGGCGAUGACAUUGAUAAAAGGGCUGUUAAUGAAACUGAAAAAACAGAAGCUGGCUCUCCUGACAGGAGAAAGGAUAGAGAGCAUGAUAAGGAGAAGCGUGAAAAGGAUAAAGAACUUCAAAGAUAUGAGCGUGAGCGUGAGCGUGAAAGAGUCAGGAGGGAUAGAGAUAAGGAAUACAAGUAUAGAGAAGUGGAAAGGCAGUACAAGGAUCAUCUUAAGGAUUGGGAAACCAGGGAGAGGGAGAAAGAAAGUCAAAGACAAUACGAGAAGGAGCGGGAGAAGGAAAAAGAACGUGAACGUAGAAGGGAGAUUUUGAAGCAAGAAGAUGAUAGUGAUGAGGAGGAUACAAGGAAAAGAAGACGAAGGGGCAGUAGCACACUUGAAGAGAGGAAAAGGAGGAGGCAACGUGAGAAACAUGAAGACUUGCUGGAUAAAUUAAGAGAGGAAGAGGAAAUUGCUGACGCUAGGAGGCGUGCUUUAGAGCUGCAACGGCAGGCGGAUGAAGCCGCUGCGGCGGCGGCCGCGGUAGAGUCUGCUACACCUAUGGAGGUUGAUGGUGAUGAAGAAAAGGAAAGAAAUGAACAAAAGAAGCCGAUUGUUUCUGAUGAUGAUAACAUUGUCAACUUUGCUAAUGGUGUUGAUGCAGGUGAAGGCACUCACAAGGACAACAAUGGUGAUGACGCAACCAUGGCACAAGGUCAAAUUCCAGACCCCAAACAGAAUAGCAAUGGUCCAGCAAAGAAACUGGGUUUCGGUCUGAUUGGAUCUGGUAAGCGGACGUCAGUCCCAUCAGUUUUUGCUGAAGAGGAUGAUGAGGAUAACAAGGAUAAACGGAUAAGACCUUUAGUACCCAUCGAUUACUCCACUGAGGAAUUGCAAGCUGUUGAGGCAGAUUCUUCUGCUGGCCAACCAAAUAUUGUAGCAGCUGCUGAGUUUGCCAAGCGCAUUUUGGUAUCUAAUCCUAAGGAAGAGAAGCCUGAAACCGAGAAGGAUAGGAGUAGGAGAUCCACUGAUAGAUCAAGCCAGAGGGAUAAAAUUCGAAAUGAUGAAGAUGGUGCUCGCAUUAGUGAUGACAGAAGAGAAAAGAUGCAUGAUCGAGACAGAGAUAGGCAUGAUAAGCCCAAGUCUGAGAAUAAAAAGAUUUUGGAUGCAAAGCAAUUGAUUGACAUGAUUCCGAGGACAAAGGAGGAGCUUUUCUCAUAUGAUAUUAAUUGGGCAAUAUAUGAAAAGCAUGAAUUGCAUGAAAGAAUGAGGCCUUGGAUUUCAAAAAAGAUAAUCGAAUAUCUUGGCGAGGAGGAAUCCACUUUGGUGGAAUAUAUUGUGUCGUGCACAAAAGAUCAUGUUCAUGCGUCUAAAAUGCUGGAGCUCCUACAGUCAAUUUUGGAUGUUGAAGCUGAAAUGUUUGUUCUGAAGAUGUGGAGGAUGCUAAUAUUUGAAAUUAAGAAAGUUGAAGCAGGACUAUCCGGAAGAGGAAAGGCAUGAAGUUGAGACUGAAAAGCGAAAAGGAUGUUAUUCGAAUUGAACUAUGCGUCAGAAGUAGCAACCGCUCCUCCUCAGACUACGUUGUCCUUCGGGGUCAGCGCAGCUGCAUGACUACUGUGUCCAUGGCGGCUUGAGCUGGCUUGGUCGCUUGGAGUUUGCGGUCAUGGGAUUCCUUGGUUGAAGAUGAACAGAGCGGGAGGUCGAACAGCUAGCUUGGUAAUUUUCUGUGGCAUACAUGCAGCCAGAUCGUGGCAUGCCGUGAAAAUCAUGCUCAAAGAUGAAACUGGGAGAAAAAGAAGGAUGAAUUGUACAGUUUAGUGAACUUUCUCCUUUUAUUUGCCCUUGCCAGCAUCGUAGAACUUAAGAGUUAAAAUCUUGCGACUGUUUAUCUAGGAUUGUGUGUAUUGUUCCAAAUAGUUACAUGAAAUCAAUAUGUAAAUCGUGUUGAUGGCGUGAUAGAGAACAAAUUAGAAAGGGCUUUUACAUGUUUCUUUUACAUUUUAGAGUCAAGAAUGGUAGACGAUUUUGUUGAAGACGGUGGUUCUUGCUCAAUUGUGUCGAUUCACC